AUGAGCCAACCGCCGACCAUCCUGUUUACUGCAAUCACGCAACUCGAGGCGAGUAAGAUGAUAAGAGAAAGUAAUAAAGUUUCAAAAUUGAUAACGCAUGUGCUGGGCCAGUAUCCAGAUCUGGAGGCCGAAUUCUCAAGACCUCACGGAGCGGACCGUCUUUUUGAAGCAGCAUAUGAAUAUGUUGAACCGGGAGCAUCUUGUACCAAGUGUGACCCUGAAAAACAGGUCCCCCGGCCUCUACGAAUGUCUGCAGAGCCUCAGGUUCAUUACGGAACCAUUGCAUCUGGCAAUCAAGUGAUUAAGGAUGCCUAUGCCCGAGAUCAAAUUGCAGGAAAGCUGAAUGCACUGCUUUGA